UUCCGCACAGUCUUGGAAACUCUGGAUAAUAGUUUGCAAGCCUCUAGUAUUUUUGGGGCCAUGAUGUGGACAUUUGCCAGUUAUUGUUUGGAAGCAAGCCAGAGAGGUUCAAACCUCUCGUAGGACAGCCAUUCGUUUUCACGGCUCUGUCGUACAGCUUGUCAAAGCGCGCACAUAGCCAUCGGCUGAUCAAGUCACUACAAUAACAAGUACCUCUCUUGUGAAUAAUAGCAACCACAUUAGCUGGCUGAAUGGCGUACGGAGGUAACUGAACAUGGACAGAAGCUGCUCAUGCGUUCCGAGUAAACGGACAAACGAGGUUAUAUCCUAUCAAAUGAUUCAAACGUAAACAAACCCAGGAGUGUUGGAUGACAUGGAGUGACGAACCGAAACAAGAAAAAAUGGAUCACACUGACAGAGUCAGCGACAGAAGUUCGCUUAUCAAAUUCUUUACAUUAGCAGUUAGCGAUCUGCAAGAGGGGAACUUAGUUGAAGCGAAGAAAUCAUUGCAAAAAACUCACUGUUAUUUCCUACACUUGGCGCCACGUGAGUUUUCAAACCUCAGUUUGCAAGAGAUAGAAAUAAUAAGCAAGGCAGAGAAGAUAUCGGUAGAGAAUGUGGCGUGGAGUUUUCGAACUGGAGCUAUUUUGUUGCCCCAAACGUCGUCUGACCUAUUUGUGCGCUUUACCAACGCAUUUGGCGUUGUUGCUUUGAAUAUGACUUGUGUAGAUAUAGCUGAGAAUGUACUUGAGCAAUCAAAAGAGUACAUUGAGCAAGCCGAAGAAUCAGUUAUAAGCCCUGGAGUUGCCCUUAAUAACUUAGGUUGCGUGUAUAUGAUCAAAGGAAGUUUUCAAAAAGCAAAAGUUAGUCUUCAAAGAGCUCUUGAGGUAGUCAAAAAAGGAAAGCAGCGUGUCACGGCUGAGGAGACAAUCGUAGCAAUAGGUAAUAACUUACGACUGGUGUAUCAGGCUCAGAGGAACCACAUAGCUGACUUGCAAUUACAAAGUGAUCUCCUUUCCAAUGUAAGCCGCUGCACCAUACAACCAAGAAUCAUUGCAGUUGUUGACUACAAUAAAGCCCUAACCUCUGUAAAUAACAGAAAUUUAAGAACAGCUUUGGACGAACUGGAGAACUUGAAAAUAUUUUGCGACACAGAAUUAGACCAAAGUAAGAGAGUGUUAACCUGCAUUUUGUUAAAAAUGUAUCUAAUUCGUUUGAUGCUAAAAGCCUCUAGUGGGACCACGACAGUUAUUGAUACUAAGAUUUCGACCUUGCAAGGGCUGAAGGAACUUGUCGAUAGGAGUGUAAACUUUUCCUUAGACUUACUAGUCACGAUUGUGGAGAUUGUGGCCGACAUUCACCUUUAUAAAGGCAAUCUUGACCUUGUCUGUAGCUAUUUCUCGUACCUUGAAGCGGUUGUUCGUGAACGUUGUGGUGCGGAUCACCCAACAGUUGCUUCUAUACUGGCAAAGCAAGGACAUAUUUUCCUACACUUGGAAAACGUUGCAGACUCCAGGAAAUGUUUCACCGCUGCAUUGGAGAUUUUCACCGAAGCUUUUGGUGCUGUUCACCCUGAUGUUCUCAAAUGUAAUGCAGGUCUUGCGAGGCUGGAAUCGCUAUGUGGAUCUGAAGAAAAAUCUUUAACACAUAGUCAAAGAGUUCUGGAAACUGUAGAGAGGAUUUGCCAGGUGUCUUUUGAGCGUCAACUGAAGCCAAAAGUCAUAGAAUUGUUUCAAAGAAGUGGAAGAACACUUUCUCCUGAUACAGAAAGCGAAGAGCAAGUAAAAUGUGAAAAUCUGGUUUCCGAGUUUGGGGUAGAAAUAGCCAGGGUUGUCAACCAGCAUCAAUCGGGUGAUCUUGACGACUGUCCAGGAGUACUCUCAGAUAGUGAGGAUUGUUUGGAUUCCUCCGUCUCUCAGCUGUUUGGCGAGGAUCUAUGUACAAAGCUGUGUUUGAACUGGCUGAAAGCUGGUCUUUGUUUGUUCAAUCUUGGAGCAAAACAAAGUGUCGCGUUUCUCUUUCUCUCGUGUACAUAUGCAAGUAUGCUUUAUGAUAAUUGUGAGUGUUCUGAAGUCAUUUUACUGAAAGUAAUUUUUGUUGUGUGUCAUCUCAAAUCCAAGACGAAUCAAACCCUCCUGGAAGUUAAAGAGAGAUUAAAAACUGAAUUCGGACGGUUGAAGAACUUCAUCGAAGAAAAAGCGAAGAGGGUUGAUGAACUGAAAAGGAAAACUAUAUUUUUUGACGAAAAUACAAACUUGAUGAUUUCUUUAGCAGUAAUCCUUCAGUAUGUUAUAGAAAUGGAAAUUUACGAGAUGAUGGACGCUGUGCAUAGUCUGUUUACUUUACUGUCAAAUGAACAGUCUACGCAGGUAGCUCAUGUAUUGCUCGUUGAAGAGAUUCGGUUUGCGUUUUUUAUCUCAAAUAUCCAAUGUGGCGGCAAAAAAUUCAUGCAUGAUCUGAUUUUUCUGACGCCUCUUGGCAUGAUGUACAAUCGAAAAAUCACUGGCAAAAAAGAUGAAGAUGCUCCCCGUAACUUUCAAAGUAAGGAGCUUACAAAAUCUCUACAUAAAGAUGACAACUUGGGAGAAAGGGGAUCAACGAAAACUUUCAAAACUUUGUUGCUCAAAUCGGACAAUACUAAGUGGAAAGGACCUUCCAGUUUCCUCGUGGAGUGCCCAAUAACUCGUGGAGUUGAUGUUUCAGCACUUAAUCACAUAAAUGCGUGUAGUGUGAACGCAGCAGAAGACAGUCUGCCUCAUUUGAUCUUAUGCAGUCAUCAGAAUAUAGAGUUUGCGACACAGUAUUUUAUAGAAUUGGAACUCCUUGACUCUUCGGAGACCUCUCUUUCUGAGAUUUCUGGUGGUUUUUCCCUUUUGCAACUCUUGCUAUCAGCAGCCAAGGAUAGAUCAGAAUUUGAAACGCAAUCUCCGCUUCUCGUCAACACAGAGACUACUUGCGAAGGAAACCUAGAAUUUAUUUUACAAGACAAAGUAAUUGUGAAGUCAUUAUUCACAAAGCUUUUAAAGCGAAUUUUAACCAACGAGGACGAGCUUGGUGAGGUUUUGAAUGUGGUUGUCAAAGAUAGCCAGCUCGUGUUGAUAGUCCAAGGUCCACCCAUUGGGCAAAUCGUAAUGCAGUGCCAUGAAAACACCAUCAAAGUGAGGACCCAGUUUAUUCACUUGUCUCAAAACCGAGGAAAAAAUGAGAUUGUCCAAGAAGUUCCACCGUGCAAUUGCUCUCUCAUUGAGAUGGUCAUCGCUGACAAAAUGGAAAAAUGUGCUCGUGCUUUUGGAAUUCAUUUCGAGACACAAAGUGAUAAGUCCUGGUAUAUUGCUUCAAAUCUUCUUGGAAAAGCAAGGGAUAUUUCAAUGAGAGGGCACCAGACGCUGGAACUGCAGCAUAAAACCGAACGUCCGGGCCGUAUUACUUCUCCUCCACCCUUGCCUCUCAGACAAUCGUUCCUGUCGGAAUCAUGGACACAAACAGAUUCCUUGAGUAUUCCUUCAACAUCUGAUCUUAGCACCCAAACGGAUCUCAGUGACUCUGAUGAGUCUAAAAACCCGGUAGAUCCCACAUCAUCAUCUAGUGAAGUAAGUUCGUCAUCCUCAUUACCUUCAUCGUCAUCGUCAUUAUCAUCUUCAUUGUCAUCAUUACCUUCACCAUCAUCAUCUUCCGGUGAAGAAAGUACUGAAGAGGUCUCAAGUGGGCCAAGGUCAGAACCAGCAGAGAAAGGUAAAUCUUCAGUGCAUUCCGUCUUUUCCUGUGCCUCAGAAUUGAAGAAAAGCGGAAGAGAAGUUCCAAAAUUUGCAAAUUCAGAGGAAGAGAGCCUUAGCAUGGCUUAUCCCAGUGUUUUAGAAUUCAAAUACACUAGCAAUGACACAGAGAAAGGUGAAACAAAUCAACCACCACCAGUAUCACCAUUAAACUUGAAAGUUCAGACGGAUGGUAAAUUACGUGUGAGUAAAAAACACCUUGACAAGUCUAUUCACACCGAUGAUUGGCUAGGGAAUUCUAUGGAUGAUGAAGUUGAUGGUUCAGUCAAAAGCGCCGUGCGUAAUAUAGCUGAAAUCCAAAACUGUCAACCUUAUUCCUCGACAGGAUCUGUUGAACCACCUUUUCAAGGGGAAGGUGCUGUAGCUGACAACCUCCCACGACUGAAUACCGAUAAGAUGAAGCGACAUGGUGGUGCUGUUGCCGCUGCCAUAACAAGUCGGUGUAAUGAUGCCAUGGAUGAAGACCGACGAAAUAAAGAACGUAAAACCCAUUCGAGGUCGCUGAAGGUUUCUCAAGAGAGGAAAAGCACGAAUACAGGGGAUCUAUCAGAAAGAAGCCACAACACAAGGCAUGGGACGUUUCUAGGCUUGGAGGGUGGAGGACAAGAUCCAUCUUGCUCUGACAGGCGAUUAAGUUACAAGAAUCUUGAAUCAAUUACUUACUGGAACGAUAAAGAGGCAAAGCCUGAGAAGGUUCGACCACGAGGAGGUGAUAUACAAAACACCAUGGAUGAAAAAGAAUCAAAUUUCUUUGGUAUAAAUCCUUGCUUUCUUGCUCGUCACACAGACGACAGUAGCAUUAACACUCCUAUCGAUGAUAUAGGGAAUACAAAGGAAAACGCCAAUGGAUGGUCUUCCAACACCUGCUCAAGGCAUCAAGGGUCGUCUUGUUUCAACAAUGAGGAGGGCUAUCAAAGUAUAUACUCCUUUCAAGCGCCAUCGUUUGGAUCUGGACAUCUCCAAACCCUUUCCAGUGAUGUCCCGGGAAUUGUAGUGGUACCUCCGUAUGCUGAGGUCAAUGAUGACACGCUGUUGGCCCAAACACCCCUUUCGCCACAACAGAGAAAAGUCAAUAAUCAAUGUAUUGAUCCUGUGGUACAACGGGAGAGAAACUGUGAUUUUAAAGUAAUGAAUGGAAAUCCUGCGCGUGUAUCUAAUACCACCCCAAUUACACAAGGCCUGGUCUCUCCUGAAAUGGAAAUCUCUGCUCUACCACAAGGAGCCAAGAACAGAAAUCUGACAUGGGAAAAAAGGACAUUUGCAAAUCAGGAUACUGAUAACCAAGGGCCAUUGGGUGUCUUGAACAAUAAUUCGUUACAGUCAUGUGAUGAUUCCAUAGCUGACCUGGAGCGAAGAGUGGCUGACACUUGUUCCUUUGUCCAAAAAACCUUGAAAGAAAGGGAAGUAAAAGAAAAGGCGAUGAAGGAAAAAGAGCGAAGAAAAAAAGAAGAGCGAGCCAGGAAAGAGCAACAAGCACGUGAAAGAAGAGAGAGGGAGGCAAGGGAAGCACGACAAACGGAAUGCAGCAAUGACACAGAAGAAGCCAGAAACCCGACGAGCGGUGGAAGAGAAACACCUUCGCAAAACACGGCUGGUGCUGAGGGUCAACAAUGGUUGUGUGAACAUUAUCAGCGGCUUUGCCGUGUGAAGUUCCCAUGCUGCGGAAAGUUCUUUCCUUGUCAUCGUUGCCACAACAACUCUGGGUGUUCAAAUGAUAAUUCCAAAGCAAGAGAGGUAUACUUUCUUGAGUGCUCUAUUUGUGGCCAUCAACAAGAGGUAUGCAGACAUGUCACUGAUGCAAAAUGUUGUAAUUGUGUACAGAGGGUCGCAUUUAAACUUUAUGUGAUUUGCUUUUUAUGGUUGAUUUUUUUUAGAUCAACCAGGACGCCCACACCUGUGCCAGAUGUAAAACAAGGUUCUCGGCAUAUUUCUGCUCUGUAUGCAAACACUUCACAAGCACAGACAAAAAUCCAUAUCACUGCACAAAAUGUGGGAUCUGCCGCAUCUUCAAGGACCGCUCCUUCCACUGUGAUGUGUGUAACGUUUGUUUGGACAAACGGCUGGAAGGCAGACAUUCCUGUCGAGAAAAUUCUGGACAUGACGAGUGCUGCAUCUGUUUGGAGGAUGCGUUCAGUGGCUGUCAAAUCCUGCCAUGCUCACACAAGGUUCACAGAGAGUGUGCAAUAGCAAUGAUACAAAAUGGCGUUCGCAGCUGCCCAAUCUGCCGUCAUCCUCUAUACAGUCAGACAGGUGGCAUGAGUGAUUGACAGCCUCUACCCAGGCCCUUCUCUUGUUCCUUCAAGAAAUUAGAGAGGAUCCAGGGAACAAAGCGUGGUGGAUGUUUUUAAUCGUGAGCAUUUUCCAAGGAGUAAUGUUCACGAAAUUUCCUUUUUUAAUUGUUUAAUGUUCAUAUCGUGUUCAUAUAGUGUUAAAAAUUCUAUAACAGCCUUUGAUUGAGGAUAGGUGGUCUGCUCAUUCAGGUGAGAGUAGUCCUGAGAAGGACUGUUGGUGGCAGUAGAAACUGACGUUUCGACAACCAGAACUCAUCAUUAGAGUCGACUUACGCUAUGAUUGCCAAAAUAUCAGUAGUACCUACUCGGGACUUCUCUGACCCGGACGAUUAGCCUUCAUAUUCAUAUUUUACUCCGGUUUCUAAUCCAUUUACUGUGUAACCUUUAUCUAAUUGGACUGAUCAGCACUUUUUUUUUAUACUGAUUAACGUUUGACAUUUCAAAUAGGAAUAAAAAAAAAAAAAAGGUCUACGUGAAACAUGUGCAGGUGAUUUGGGAUCUCAGCACUCAAAAAUGUUUAUCGCCGGUUGUCAAAUAUGGACAUUUUUUUCACUGUCUACCCUGAGAUGGAUGUGGAAAAAUAAUUUGUCGAUGUCGAUCUUGUUCUUCAGUGAAGAAAUUCUGGUGACAGAUCUCCCCAACCUUAUGUAUCUAUACUUCAUUUUCAUAAAUUAUAACUUGAAGUGACAGACAUGACUCUUGUUCAGAAACACUUCUUGAGUCAGCAAAAUUUAGUCGGUCGUUUUAUUUCAAUGACUUGAAUGGAUUCACUACAUGUUUUUUUUUUUCUUGAUCUGAAUGAACGUCGUGGUUCAUUUAGUAGUGAAUGUGAUCAUAAGAUACUCAUUUGGAACGAGACUCCAGAAGAAAAAAACAAAAUGGAACUAAUAUCAUCGAUGUUAGUAUGUUACGGGCUCCUGUAUCCAACCUUUUUUUUUUUUAUCUGAAGUGCAUUAAUAAGAACUCCAGUUCAACUCAAUACAGUAUUCCUUUCUUAUGCGCAAGUACUGAAAAGCUUUCAAGUUAGGAAAUUUCAUAGAACUAUUGGCACAAAUGUAUUGUUUACGAAAGUGGAUUUUAAGGAUCGCGAUGAGUGCUUUUUCUGUGAUAGUAAACAUGAAACCAUAGAGCACCUCUUUUGGUGUUGUGACCGGAUCUUGGGAGAAAACAAAAACUGUAGUCUAGUUCUCCAUUAAAUCUGUUCUCUUGGACUACACAAAAUGUUUUCCUUGUAAAAUGUAAUGAACUGAAUUAUUUUAGUGGUGAAGUUUUUCCAUAUAUAAAUGUAAAAUGGAGGGAAGUAAUUUAGAUUUUACUGGCGCACAAAGCUACCUAAAGUUUCACUGUACUGCUGAAAAAUUGGCAUGUGAUUUUCCCAUAAGGAAAAAUUUUUUAAGUAGGCAGAAAUUUAAGUAUAGCUCAGUAUAAUAUGUCUUUAUCGUACACUGUAAAUAACAUUUCAGUCUGUCAUGUUAUUUUUUGCGUAACUGAUGCAUCCUUGGUGUUUGUAAUAAAUGGUCUUCAGAAUA